AUGGAGAAAUCUGCCAACGGUGUGGCGGCGCUGGAGACGCAGACGGCUGAGUUGGAUCAGCCGGCUCAGCUCCGAAAGAUCAUAUCGGUGGCUUCGAUAGCCGCCGGUGUACAGUUCGGUUGGGCUUUACAAUUAUCUCUAUUGACACCAUACGUGCAGCUACUCGGAAUCCCACAUAAAUGGGCUUCUCUGAUUUGGCUAUGUGGUCCAGUCUCCGGUAUGCUUGUUCAGCCCAUCGUGGGCUACUACAGUGACUGUUGCACCUCUAGAUUCGGCCGUCGUCGUCCUUUCAUCAUCGCCGGAGCCUGUUUAGUCACCGUUGCUGUUUUCCUUAUCGGUUACGCCGCCGAUAUAGGUCACAGCAUGGGUGAUAAGCUCAACAAACCGCCUAGAACGCGAGCUAUCGGGAUUUUCGCUCUCGGGUUCUGGAUUCUAGACGUGGCUAACAACACCUUACAAGGACCAUGCCGAGCCUUUUUGGCUGAUUUAUCCGCGGGGAACGCCAAGAAAACGAGGACCGCAAACGCGUUUUUCUCGUUUUUCAUGGCGGUUGGAAACGUUUUGGGUUACGCGGCGGGAUCUUACAGGAACCUCUACAAAGUUGUCCCUUUCACCAUGACCGAGUCGUGCGAUCUUUACUGCGCGAACCUCAAAACGUGUUUUUUCCUCUCCAUAACGCUUCUCCUCUUAGUCACCGUCGUUUCUCUAUGUUACGUGGAGGAGAAGCAAUGGUUCCCGGAGCCAACCGCGGACGGGAAAACCUCGAGCGUUCCGUUUUUCGGAGAGAUUUUAGGUGCUUUCAAGGAAUUGAAAAGACCGAUGUGGAUGCUUCUCAUAGUCACUGCACUAAACUGGAUCGCUUGGUUCCCUUUCCUCCUCUUCGACACUGAUUGGAUGGGUCGUGAGGUGUACGGAGGAAACUCAGACGCAACUGCAACCGCAACCGCUAAAAAGCUUUACAACGACGGAGUCCGAGCUGGUGCGUUAGGGCUUAUGCUCAACGCGAUUGUUCUUGGUUUCAUGUCUCUCGGUGUUGAAUGGAUUGGUCGGAAAAUAGGAGGAGCCAAAAGGCUUUGGGGAGUUGUUAACUUCAUACUCGCCAUUUGCUUGGCCAUGACGGUUGUCGUCACGAAACAGGCGGAGAAUCACCGGCGAGAUCACGGCGGAGCUAAAACAGGACCGCCUGGUAGCGUCACUGCCGGUGCUUUAACUCUCUUUGCUGUUCUCGGUAUUCCUCAAGCUAUUACGUUCAGUAUUCCUUUUGCACUAGCUUCCAUAUUUUCAACCAAUUCCGGUGCCGGCCAAGGACUUUCUCUAGGUGUUCUGAAUCUGGCAAUUGUUGUCCCACAGAUGGUGGUAUCUGUGGGAGGUGGACCAUUUGACGAACUCUUCGGUGGUGGAAACAUUCCAGCGUUUGUGUUAGGAGCGAUUGCGGCGGCGGUGAGUGGUGUAUUGGCGUUAACGGUGUUACCUUCGCCACCGCCGGAUGCUCCUGUGUUCAAAACUGGGGCUGUGGGAUUUCAUUAA